AUGAAGCUGCUCUCACCACGGUCUGUGGCUGAUCUGGAGGCAUGUACUAUCGAAACUGGCAGAAAAAAAGGUUGUCGCUCUUUCCUAAAUAGAUUUUCUUCCCCUAUUCUCUCCUCCGCCCCUUCAGAGAUCUGCGCCGUCUCCCGGAUCUCCAAGAAGGAGAUCGGCAGAUGCUUCAAGCUGAUCCUGAAGGCGCUGGAGACCAGCGUGGACCUGAUCACCACCGGAGACUUCAUGUCCCGCUUCUGCUCCAACCUGGGCCUGCCCAAACAGGUGCAGAUGGCGGCCACCUACAUCGCUAGGAAGGCGGUGGAGCUGGACCUGGUGCCCGGCAGGAGCCCCAUCUCUGUGGCUGCAGCAGCCAUCUACAUGGCCUCCCAGGCCUCCGCCGAGAAGAAGACCCAGAAAGAAAUCGGGGAUAUUGCCGGCGUCGCAGACGUUACGAUCCGACAGUCAUACCGCCUCAUCUACCCCCGCGCCGCAGAACUCUUCCCUACAGACUUCAAAUUCGACACACCAGUCGACAAGUUGCCUCAACUGUGAAGCCUGCGUACCCCCCCAAACAGCCUCGAUAUUUCUGUGCUGUGCUUACAGGAUUGUAUUCUUUCUUUAAAAUCGUAUUUGUGUUGGAUUCGGAAGACUUCUUGCCUUUGCCGAGGCGCCCUCACAGGAAUAAAACGGACACAUUCCAGUGCUUAAAAACCAAUGCUUGCAGACUGUAUAUAUGUCCAAGUGGGAACAUGCAUUUGAUGCUUGCAAUUUUAGGCUGUUUUCAUAUUGUAAACAUAAAACUUAGUUUUUUGUAGAAAAAUGACCUGGUUCUAUUCUGUUAGAAUUGUUCCAAGUAAUUUAAAAAAUAAAUACAAGAUUUUCAUCAAAGCAUGGAAAUCAGCUCAUGGUUUGAA